AUGUGGCUUUCUUCCAAGUCAUCGAAACGUUCCGCUAACUCUUCUCCUUCCCCGCGUUGUACCUCUCAGUCAACAUCAACGUCUCCCGGGUCUACGCUCGCCGAAGUACUACGCAAGAAUCCCUUCCGGGGCGGCUCGCGAGAGUCUCUUCCUCGACAGCAUGAAGACGAUCCCUCCAUCUCACGAAAUCGCGACCUAGCCAUCCUCGCCGAUCUCUUUCCCGACGUUAAGCUCGAAGUCCUCCGCGAACUCCUCGUCCGUUUCGAUGGGGACAGCAGGCUACCGAUAUGCACCGAGCAACUUCUCAAGUAUAAGGUAGAGUGGGCUAGAGGCCGGAUGAACAUACCACCAAGAACGCAAGAAGAUCCCAUUUCCGUGGAAGACCAGUUCAGGUCGCGGGAAUAUGUUGACGCCGUGAAGUGGACGCUCGGGCGCGAGUUCAACGGCUUGAGUAGAAGUGCUAUCGAUGCUGUUCUGGCUGAGGUCAAUUCCUCUUACACGUUGGCACGACCUACACUACAAGCCAUCGUGAACAGGUCAUGGCGGAACACAUUCACCAGUCUAUUCAAGAAAAGGAAGCCUUCAAGGGAGCCCCCGUCAAUCUUGCUAGAGAGACCCAAAACCGCCACGAGCCCGGCGAGGUUGUUAACUACUGGAAAUCCAGAGCUUGACGAAGAGCUUUCGGUACUUUUCACAGGAAGUGUUCAGGCGGCUGAGAAAGACCGUCAGCAGACCAUCGAUCUCGAACUUGCCCUGGCCCUCAAUUUACGAGAGGCCGAGGAAGCUGGGGCCAUCUUCGAAUGUCAAGUCUGCUACAACGACGUUCCUUUCGAGGACGUUUCGGCAUGCACACACUCUGGGCAUACCAUCUGUCUCGACUGCGUUCGUCGAACUCUUCACGAAGCCAUCUUUGGACAAGGCUGGGCCAAGUCGGUCGAAGUGGGGCGAGGAACGCUGAAGUGUCUGGCCACUGAUUCCUGCGACGGCUAUAUACCUCCAGAUCUAGUUGAGCGAGCCGUCCUCCGCGAGAAAUCCGGUACCGAAACCUGGACCAGGUUCGAAGAUCGUCUAGCCGAAGACAACUUGCAAAAGUCGGGAUUGCCCAUCAUUCGCUGUCCUUUUUGCUCCUAUGCCGAAGCCACGCAAGUAUACGACCGCAACUCCGCAGCAGAGCUGACAUGGCACUUCCGCUGGCCCACGGGGAUCAACAUCUUCGUCUUCAUCAUGAUGCUGGAGCUCAUACCCUCCAUCGCCUGCAUCAUCCUUCCGUUCUUGCUCAUCUUUCCCGGCUACUUCCUCGCGUUGUUCUACACCGCACUAGGGCACGCCGCAUCUCGAAGGCGUACUUCACGAUUCACAUGUCGACGGCCAUCGUGUUCACGGAAGUCGUGUUUGAAAUGUCUCAAGGCCUGGCACGAUCCGCACGUAUGCCACGAGCCCCUGAUCCUCUCUCUGCGAAAGACGGUCGAAGCCGCCCGGACUGCGGCGGUCAAGCGUACGUGUCCGCGGUGCGGGACUGGUUUCGUCAAGUCUUCCGGCUGCAACAAACUGACGUGCGUGUGUGGGUACAGCAUGUGCUACCUGUGUCGGAAGAACAUAGGCAAGGCCGGAGACAACACCGAGGGAGGCGAGGGCUAUCGGCAUUUCUGCGAACACUUCCGCCCUACGCCAGGGAUGAAGUGCAGCGAAUGUGAUAAAUGCGACCUGUAUCGAGCCGAGGACGAGGAUGCACAGGUCAAAAGCGCCGGUGAGGAGGCUGAACGACUAUGGCGAGAAAGGGAGGGCAUGGUCGGCGUCAAGGGCCUAGAGGACGCGGUCGGCAAUGUUGCAGGGGAAGACACGAUCUGGCGACGCAUCUGGGACGGAAGAUGGACGAUCCAAGGCGUCGUCGAUGCUGCGGUUGAGCGAUGUGUUUUUGUUGAUAUCGAUUAA